GCAUGCUCCUCCUGCAGUAGCACCGUGAAGCUUUACUACACCUCGGAAUAUUUUGCAUAUCAAAAUGGCCUCAUCAUCUGUUGGAGAUAAUCAGCUGCAGAGGAUAAUCAGGGAUCUCCAAGAAGCUGUGGUGGAGUUGAGUAAAGAACACAGAGAAUGUGGCGAGCCGAUAACUGAUGAUAGCCCCAAUUUACACAAGUUUUUCUAUAAACUGGAAUAUUUACUGCAGUUUGACCAGAAAGAGAAGAGCACGUUUCUUGGUCAAAGGAAAGACUACUGGGAUUAUUUCUGCGAGUGCCUGACUAAGAUCAAAGGAGCUAAUGAUGGCAUCCGUUUUGUUAAGUCCAUCCCUGAGCUGAAGACUUCUCUGGGUAAAGGAAGAGCCUUCAUUCGUUACUGUUUGGUUCAUCAGAGACUGGCCGACACAUUACAGCAGUGUCUCAUCAACCAAAGGGUUACGAGUGACUGGUAUUACGCCCGGAGUCCCUUUCUCAAGUCCUACCUCACAGCUGACAUAAUCAACCACCUGUAUGAGCUCAACCAAAUCCAAUUUGACGUGGCAGCGAGAGGCUACGACCUCGAUGCCGACUGGCCAAGCUUCGCAAGGAGGACAUUAGGGCCAGCUGGUGCUUAUUCCUGGAGACCUCCCAGUCGCUGCUCUAGUGUAAACAGCCUGGUCAGCAGCUUGUCUCAGGCUCAAGAGUUUGGAGCCCUACCGGACUUGGGCCAAAGUCUUCUGGGAGACCUGGGUGAAUUGGGGGAACCCUGUAGUUUAGCAGAGAACCUUCGACAUGAGCUGGACAAAUCAGAACUCAGGCAACAAGAACUUUUAGCCCAAGUUCAAGAACUCAACCAAGAGGCAGACAAACUUAAAAGUGUCAUAAAUGACUUAAAAGGACAGUUACAGGUUGCUCAGCAGUCAGUGAACCAAAAUACUGAAAACCAUUUGUUAAACGUGCAAGAAAAAUGCGAACUUAGGGACAGGCUUUGUGCUGCAGAGAAUAGGAACAUGGAGCUCCUCUCAAAACUAGAUGAAGCUCUUAAGGAGAAAGGCCAGCAGACGGCUAGCUAUUGCAAUUCAGCGUGGAAAAUGCAAGAGUUAUCGGACAAACUCAAAAUGUCCGAACAGGAGAGAACGGAGGCUAAGAAAGAAGCGGAAGACAAGCAAAAACACAUUGAGCGCUUGUCCCAGGAAUUAAAACUGAAACAAGACGAAUUGAGAAACUGUGAGGAAAAGUUAGCUCAGGUCAAGGCUAAAGCUGACAGCGAACGCGAACUUGCACUGAAACGGCUAGAGGAUUUGCAAGGCGCAGUAGGUAGAAUCCAGGGGGCGCUAACGUUGAAAGAGAAAGAAACGGGUAAUUUGAGAGCUCAACUUCAAGAUUUACAAGCCUCACUUGAGAGUAGAGAAAGGCAGGCGGAGGAACUGAGGAGGCGUUUGCGCGAGGAGCAAGAAGAAGUGGAACAAAGGUGUGAUGAGGAUUUGGAAUUACAGAUUGUAGAUUUAAAAAUGACACUCAGGACGAGGGAAAAAGAGCUGAGUGCAAGUUCGGAGAGGAUCAAGCACUUAGAGGAACAAUUAGAAAAGCUAAACGAUGAAACAGAUAGUCAUCGCACUACAGAAAUGCCCCCAAGUGAAGAUAAUAUCGGGGACUAUAAGAUCCAGUGUAGCAAUCUGACAGAAAUAAACGCCAAGCUGCUACUAACGGUUAAAAAGAGCGAAGAUAGUCUAAAGGAGUUAUCUGAAUGCAAGGCUAAUUUGUUAGAGCAGCUGGCUAUGUUGAAAGCAUCCGAAAAGCAUUUAAAGGGGCGUUUGGAUGCGGCCAAUAUUAGCGUGGAAGAUAGAGAAAAGAAAUUAUUAGAUGAAAACUUGUAUCUAGAAGAGAUUGUGGAAAAGAUAAUGAUGCAAAAAUAUGAGUUGGAAGAACAAUUAAAAAGAAUAGAGCACGAGAAUGGUGAGGUUUUGGAGGCCAAGUCCUUAUUGGCGAAGGAGUUGGCUGUGAUUCGGGAUGAGAGGGAUUUGCUAGCAGCUAGGGAGGCAAUGCUAGCUAGAAAUGUCAAUGUGUCUCAAAGGGGUAAUGAAGAUUUGCUGGGGAAACUCCAAGUGACAGAGGAUAAGCUAAAAGAGCAGACUGUGCAGUGUGGUAUACUCCAAGCUCGAGUAGUGGAGUUGGAAGGAAGAGUGGCAGAGCUCCAUAGUGAAAAGGGUGCAGCGGAAAGCAAUGAAAAGAUGCAAAAGGCUAUAAUGGAAACCAAAGAUGCUCCGUUUAGGCUGGUGAUCGCCGAAGCGCAACUCGAAAUGAAUUUAAAAGAAAUGCACAGGCUACAAGAGGAAGUAGUGAAGCUUCGAAGCCAACUUCAAGCUGGUACGGAGGAGAAAAUCAAAGCUCAGGCCUUACAGGAAGUGAGCGAGGCGUCCAGGGAGGAUCUGAGGGUUUUGGCUGAACAAUUGAAAGGUCAAGUGGAGGAGCUGAACCGGAGACAUGUGGACGAGAUUCUGAGGUCGCGCGAGAGGGAGGAGGCGUUGGUGAGGGAGAGAGACGGAGAGGCACAGGCGCGCAUGGGGCUGGCGACGGAGGUGACGGCAUCCAGAGACGAGAUGGAGAGACUGAAACGCAGAUAUGAUGUGCUGUGUGUGGAGAACAGCGAAGCAAGAGAGGCGCUGCACCGAGCCAACACAGAGACUGCAGAGCUGGGGGUCCACGUGUGCAUGCUCACGGCUGAAAACGAAGAGGCCCGGCUCAGACUGGACGGACUGUGCUCGCGGCUGGAGGAGAUGGAGGAGGAAGCCGAUGCACUUAACGCUACAGUGGAGCAGUUACAGGAGGAGAACCAGGAACUACAGAGGAACGGUGCACAUGGAGCAGGGACAGAGACCAGAGAGGGGCUGGAGGACAGACUGAGCCAAGCCAGGCAGGAGACAGAGGCACUACGGGCCGCGAGUGAGGAGCAGAUCCAAGCUUUGAGGUUUCAGAUCACCAGCCAGGAAAUCAACCAUGCAAACCAAAUACAGACUGUCAGUCAAGAAUUACAGGAGGUAAAAUUACAGCUGGAUGUCGAGUACAGGAAAGCGGUCGAUCUGGAGAACAGACUCACUGAGUUAGAGGCCCAGAAUCACAGUUACUGCCGACAGAUUGAGGAGAAAAACAUCCAGAUGGCCCAGUCGCAAAAUCUCAUCCAGCAAAAAGAAAAUGAGUUAAUCUAUCUGAAAGGAAAUUUAUCAAGAUCGGAGGAAGCGCGAGAAGCUGCAGAGAAUGCCUGUAAAGAGCUGAGUGAGAAUCUACGGAGACUCACGCAGGACAAAAAGAGUGUGGAUCUGAAGACGGCUGCAGAACUGGAUGACCUCUACCGAACCAAAAUCAACCUAGAAGAAAGGCUUAUAGAGCUCAUUAGGGAGAAGGACGCGCUGUGGCAGAAGUCAGAUGCCCUGGAGUUUGAGCAGAAACUUCGGGACGAGGAAACCGAGCGGGACGUCAACCACUGCAUCUCCUGUCUCAGCCCGUUCAGCUUCUGGCUCCGAAAGUACACAUGCAGAUUGUGUGGGCGUCCCUUCUGCUACUACUGCUGCAGCAACUCUGUCAGCACCCAGCAGGGCGGCCCCAAAGAGCGCUGCUGCCUGGACUGUUACAACCAGCACAGUGCAGUGAUAGAGCGCCACCCGCAGGAAGAACCCGUGAACUACAGCAGCACUCCAGCAACACCUCUCAGUCGACUUCUACAGGCAGGAAGAGCCGCCACUAGCCUGGUGACCGGAGCUGAACCUGCAGAGAAACAGGACGAUGGAGUGUUUGACAUCAUCACAGAGGAGGAAGUGAGUGGAGUCUACGACAGUGACUCAUUCCUAACAGCCUGCUCCUCCACACAUGGCCAGCAGGGGGCAGCAGAACUAAACAGCAGUGCCAGUGCAGGAGACUUGACCUCAGAAGACCCAGAGGACUUCAGUGCAACGGUCCAGGAUGCAGAGAUUGGCCUGCUCAAAUCUGGAGAGCUCACAGUAUGCAUCCCAUUCUCUCUGGAUGACAUCGCUUCGUUCGGGGACAGUUACCGCGAGCUCUUCAUUAAAUCCAGUUGUUACAGCAGCCUCCCCCUCAGUGUGAGCAGUGCAGGCCCCACUGUCUCCUGGACCUUCACCUCAGAGCCUAAGAGCAUCUCCUUUAGUGUGGUGUACAGAGAGAGUCCUGACACGCCGCUGGAACAAGCUAAGGUCCUGAUCCCACUGACCCGCUGCAAUUCACAUAAAGAGACCAUCCAGGGAGAGCUGAAAGUGCGCCACCCAGGGGAAUACACCCUCAUCUUUGACAACUCCUUCUCCAGGUUCAUCUCAAAGAAAGUGCUGUACCACCUGAGUGUCGACAGGCCCGUGGUCUACGACGGGAGUGACCUGCUUUGAACAGAGGGAAAAGAGGACACAUCACGACUAGUUCAGGAGCUGUAGGAACUUUUUCCAAUUCUAAGAUGGAACUGUUCUUUUUACUUUUGGCCAACCAUGGUACUGAAGGUAAAGGUUUACACUACUACCAUAAAAUACGUUUUUUAUUAUAGUUUUAUUUAUUCGUUGUGGUUGUUUUUUUUUUCUCCAAAGCUCUUUUUUUUGUUUAUCAUUCUUCAUUUUAUUAGGUAGGUAUUUGCUUGUCUGACAGAUGUAGUUCCUAACUCGUCAUUUAUCCAGGCAAGAAGCAUUCAUUAUAUGACUCAAUCUGAAUUUUACAAACAACUACUUAUCUAUUGAUAAUGUUCCCAUAGUUUGUUUGUUUUUUAUUUUUAAAUUUCAAUUUGGGGCCUUGAUGAACAGGAAAAACUUGUCAUGAUUUUUCGCAUGUUAGUGUAUAAGCUUUUGUUUAAAUGAUUGGGUGAAGCUGCAUGAAGUAUUAAACUGACCAAGGUACUCCAAGCAACCUAAGUUUCACAUGUUUACACUAAGUUAUUAAUAUUUUCUUUUGUAGCAUUUGUAUAGAAUAUAGGACAUAUGAAGAAGUGCAUUGUUUACUGGUUUGAUUACUGUACAGAUAAAUUAAAGAUACUGUACCAGAUUUUUUCAUGUUAAAAAGUUAAAUAUGUCUUGCGCCAGUACACAUAUAUUUUAACAGCAGCUCUUGAGGUCAAAAUGAAAAUGGAAGUGUUUUAUCGCUUUUGAAACACUGAAAAAAGGUGUGAAACACGCUUAUAAACUUGCAGUGAGUAAUUAGGAUUGUCCGGAACGCGCUAGAAAAAUAAAGGAAAAGUUUGGACCACUGCAAACUAUUUCAAAUGAACUUUAAAAAGUCAGGUACUGCAUCUUUAACUCUUGUUACGUUAAAACAGCUACACUAACAGCUACCUGAUUUGUAUAAGUAAGCUAUCUUUGUGAAAAUGUAAACAAAAUCCAACUUUAUGCUGACUGAAAUGCAAAGAAAACAGUGUCAAGUUCAUAAGCUGUGAGUAUGCUAUGCAACAAACUUCAUUAAUAAUAACUAAAGUUCUGUGCUUCAAAAUGAUAAUUGGGUAAACAUUUAACAGUAUAAAAAUAUGACAGUGUUUUUCAUUUCCUUGGAUAUUGACAAGCCAUUGUUCCAGUUACAUAAACCCACACAGCAGCAUCAGCAGCAGCAGAUAUGAGCUAUUCUUAGUAACAUUUCACAUAUCACUUUUAUACUUGAAUGUCCCGUGUGGGCUCAGGCAUUUGUGCUAAAACAAGCUCUUUUAUAUUUACCAGAUUGGUCUUAAACCUAUUUAUGACUUGAAUUUACCACUGGAUCAAUGUCUUCCAGAUUUUUAUAAUGUUCUCGGAUGAAAUAUACUUACAAUAUUAAUCAAACAGGACUACUAAUAUAAGGAUUAAAACAUAUUAUAUAUUUAUGUACUAAUUGACAAAAUAUUGCAUUGCUUCUUGGCUACUGAUACAAAGGGUUUUUAUGUUACAGUUUCCCAUGAUGCUUUGUUUUCAGUUUUAUUUAUCUGUGUGACUUUAGAUACUGUAUUUGCCAAAGGGACUGUUUAACUGCUCUGUAAAUAAUUGUUAACAAA